GCCGAUAGUUUGUAGAGAACCCACAUUUUCGCUGGGAGACCCCGUGAUCCCCGACGCUAACAUGUGAUGAAGGGCAAAGUAAGUUGGGGUCUAUGCCAUCACCACCAUCACCACCAAGCCCCAAAUCUGAUCAUCUGAUAAGAAGAUUGAUUCAACAACCAUCCAACUACCACCACCAUCAUCAUCAUUCCCACUUCCCACAUUUCCACACAUAGACAAAUACACACAUUACACAUAUAUAUAUAUUCGGAAUAUACAGAUCCCAUAUCUGUAUAGCUGCGAUCCUGCAGCUACUGGGUCGAGACAUCUGCAUACAUACAUACAGAGAGAGAGAGAGAGCUUACAGACUUUCUACAGUCAUAUCGCAUGCAUCUCUCCCAAGUGACACCAGAGCACAGAAACACCGACCCAUCGCUUCACUACCGUCCUCAGCAUAACACAACCGCAACCUGCAUUACUGCCGGCCCCCCAAAAAAGCGAAUAAAACCCCCCCAGUCCAGUCUCACACUCAGCUCAGCUACCUCUCCAGCGCCUCGGGGCUAAUCCCCACUCUCCUAACCGCCAGCAGGCCCCAUCAGGCUGGUCAUGUUGCACCGCCAGCCUAGCUGCAUAUGACAUCUCGCACCACCUACCCCAUCCCUAACCGGACCACGAAGAAUGGUGCUACUGCUCGGCUUAACGUCCAUGAUCCCCACGACGGAGUAUCCUACUCUCUCGACACCAUAUCCCCCAGUACCGACAACGACACUGACGACGACGACGCAAACGAUCGCACACGACUCGCUAUCCCGCCAGACGAUGCGGCACGGCGCACAACAGAUCUAGAGACCACAUCGAGCGAGAGCACGCGGAUGUCGAAGGCGCCGCUGCUGCUCCGGACCAGUCCGGGGAUGGGGACGGGGUCGUAUGGCGCUGCGCCCGUGGGACACUCGACGGAUGAGGAGGAGGGGGAGGAGGAGAUACUGAGGCGCAGGCAUAAGAAGGCUGCAAGCCGACAUACAGUGAGCUCCUCGAGGCGGCGGAGGAGGAGGGCAAGUGGCAGUGAUGCUGGUGGGGGUGGGGGUGCGGAAGGGAGUGGUGCCGCGCCGAGUCCGACGGAGACGAGGAGACAGAGUAUUUCACUCGGGGCAAGCACGGCGGCCAUGGAGGGCGUGGAGGGGUUUGGAAUGGAGAGUCGGUUUGGGGUUGGGAAGCUGCCCGUCUCGCCGGGAUCGGGGCAUUCGUCAAAAGAUGGACUUGACGAGGACACCGACCCAGACGACCUGUUCAAUGACGAGGAUCCUCCGGAUAACUCGAGGUACUCGCAGGUGAGGGCGUCGGUGUCAGCGCUGGACGACCUGUCGCUGUCGAUCAACACACCGCGGAUGUGGACGCUGUCGAUGCUGUUUGCAAUAAUGGGAUCGGCUACAAAUCUCUUUUUUUCUCUUAGAUACCCCAGCGUUUCCAUUACGCCCGUCAUUGCGCUCCUGCUCGUCCAUCCUCUCGGUCUGAUGUGGGACAGGUUGCUCAAGCGACCAGGUGAUCCGGAAGUCAUAUACAUAGAAGGCAACUGGUCAAUGUCGCCCUCAUCCGACGAUGCUACCCUCGACACCGACAGCGCGGACGACUCACAGCGCUCGACGUCGUCGACCCUAGAAGGCAAGGAAUCUCGGCCGCACCGGUUACGGCUUUGGCUCGCCCAAGGCCGCUGGAAUGGAAAGGAGCACAGCUGCGUCUACAUCGCCAGCAAUGUAUCCUUCGGAUUCGCCUUCGCCACCGACGUGAUCGUCGAACAGACGCAUUUCUACAACCAGCCCGUCACCAUCACAUACCAAGUCCUCCUAAUCCUCUCGACCCAAAUCCUCGGCUACGCCUUCGCCGGACUCAGCCGACGCUUCCUCGUGCGCCCCGGCGGCAUGAUCUGGCCCGGCACCCUAAUGCCGGCAGCCAUGUUCACAACCCUCCACAAAGAAGAAAACAGCAUCGCGAACGGCUGGACCAUCUCACGGUGGAAAUUCUUCUUCGUCGUCUGGCUCUCCGCCUUCGCCUUCUACUUCCUCCCCGGCCUCCUCAUGCCCGCCCUCAGCUACUUCAGCGUCAUCACCUGGUUCUGGCCCGACAACGUCGUCGUCGCCAACCUCUUCGGCGUCUCCUCGGGUCUCGGCCUGUUUCCCGUAACCUUCGACUGGGCACAGAUCGCUUACAUCGGGUCUCCGCUCACCACGCCGUUCUGGGCAGCUAUGAAUGUCGUCGGCGGGCUUGUGGUGGUGAUGUGGAUCAUAGCUCCUAUUUGUUACUACAAUAACGUCUUUUACUCCGCAUACAUGCCCAUCCUCUCCUCCGCCGUCUUCGAUAACACCGGCAAGGUCUACGACGUCGCUCGCAUCCUCACACCCGACUUCCUCUUCGACCGCGCAGCCUACGAAUCCUACUCCCGCGUCUUCAUGCCCAUAACCUACAUCCUCAGCUAUGGCCUUCAGUUCGCCGCCCUUGCGUCCCUACUCACCCACACAGCCUGCUGGCACGGUCGCGAUAUCGUUCGACAGUCGCGCAACUCCCUCGAGGAGGUGAGGGGGCAGGCGAAGAUUGGGUAUGAAGCCCUUCCCGGGGCGCCGCUGCCGAGGGGAAGAAGAGGGAUGAGGGGGAGGAGAAUGAGUCUUGAGCCGGGGGUGGAGGAUACGUUGAACCAGGAGGAUGUGCAUAAUCGGCUUAUGCGGAGGUAUAAGGAUGCGCCGAUGUGGUGGUAUUUGGCGACUUUUGUGAGCAUGACUGCCAUUGGGAUUUUCGUGGUCGAGUACUACCCAGUCCACCUCCCCUGGUACGGCCUCCUCCUCGCCCUCUCCCUCUGCGCCCUCCUCUUCAUCCCCACCGGCAUCGUCGCCGCAAUCACCAACCAACACUCCUCCACCUACCUCAUCAACCAACUCGCCUGCGGCGCCCUCUUCCCCGGCCGCCCCGUCGCAAACAUGGUCUUCGUCACGUACGGCUACAUCUGCUCCGCCCAAGGUAUCAAAUUCUCCUCCGACCUCAAGCUAGGGCAUUACAUGAAGAUCCCUCCCCGCCUGUUGUUCUCGGUGCAGAUGGCUGCGACGCUGGUGUCUAGUUUGACGCAGAUUAGUGUGUUGAAUUGGAUGUUUGCUAAUGUGAGCGGGAUUUGUACGACGGAUGCGGUGAAUGGGUUUUCGUGUCCGCUGGCGAGGGUGCAUUUUAAUGGAUCAAUACUUUGGGGUGUUGUCGGACCGGGGGAGUUCUUUGGGCCUAACGCCACGUACCGGCCGUUGGUAUGGUGUUUCCUCAUCGGCGCCCUCGCUCCCCUCCCGUUGUGGUGGUAUAGUCGACACAGCAAAUCGAGUAUCGUGCGGCACAUCAACCUCCCCGUCCUCUUCGGAUCGCUGUCCUGGAUCCCACCUGCUACCGGUCUCAACUUCAGUGUCUGGGCAGUCGCCUGCUAUAUCUUUAACUUCCGCAUCAGGAGGAGCGCGCCGGAGUGGUGGGCGAAGUAUACGAUGACACUUAGUGCGGCGCUGGAUAGCGGGCUGGCGUUUGGGGUCGUGGUGAUCUUCUUUGGGGUGCUGUAUCCGGGGUGGGUGGAGGGGUGGAGUUGGUGGGGAACGGAGGUUUAUAAGAGGGGGUGUGAUUGGAGGGCUUGUAGUUGGUUGGGGGUUAAGGAGGGGGAGAGGUUUGGGCCGGAUAGGUGGUAG